AUGGAGCUGACGGAUGUGAGAUCAAGAAUAGCACACAUAGAAAUGGCUGAUUCCGGAUCCUUUUCCAGGAAUGGGGGGUUUUCAUUAUAUAGCAGCGAUGAUAGGUCGUGGAACCGGCAGAACGUGUUGAAGUCGUCAUCAUCGCUGGGAAGGGCAGCGUUCGGAGGUGUCGGCAUCGUCAGCUACUGCGAAUGCAAUGAGAAAAGCUGCGAUUCUUGCUCGGCAUCGUCAGCUACUGCGAAUGCAGUGAGGAGUGAUCUCUUGGCAUCAGAUCUCCUCCUAGGCUCCAUUGCUUCCUCUUUAGGUCUUGACGGGAUCGUCUUCCUCUCGCCGUGCUUCUCGGCAUAA